AUGUUCCACAUGUCAGACCUCGGCCUGCUCACCUACUACCUCGGCAUUGAGGUGGAGCAGAGGAGGGAUGCCAUCACGCUCCGCCAGAGCUCCUACGCUGGGAAGCUGCUGGAGCGGAGUGGGAUGGGCGAGUGCAGGGUGUGCCAAACGCCCAUGGAGGAAAAGAUCAAGUUGUCAAAGCACAGCACUGCCCUCUUGGUGGAUGCCACGAGCUACUGGAGCAUCGUCGGCGCACUGCGUUACCUCACGCACACGCGGCCGGACAUUGGGUUCGUCGUGGGGUACGUGAGCCGGUUCAUGGCAGAGCCGCGGUAG